ACAACAGCCCGCAUUCUACCCUCCAGAUCAGUGCUCUGCCAUGUUCACCCAGCCGGCGCUCGCCAGCAGCGCCUUCGCUGGCUUCUCCGACGAGCUAAUCGCGUACUUCACGCUAUUCUGCGAGCCGAAAGAGCUGCUGCGACUCUCCGAAGUGAAUUCCGGUGCGUUACUCUCUGCGUUGCCUGCACCCGCUAACCUGAUUGCCCUGCAGUAUUCUAUGUAUUCUGUCAGGAGGAUCCACUCUGGAUGGGCCAGUGUCUGCGUCUACACAAUGGGGACUUCUCCUACCAUUACAACUGGAAGCUCACGACCUUCUACCCACGAGACCCAAGGCCACUGGAACAGCUACACAAGGCUUUCCGCCCUGUGACCGUGAAAGACUUCGGCUCGGACUUUCUGUACCGUCGCUGGUGUCGCUGCAAUAUGCAGCUAGGUGACGCAUAUUUGCUGCCCAGUGAGGAGCAGGACCCAACGAUCCGGAGGCUACAGAAGAUCGACAUCCAAGACUUGACCUUCCGAGACUUCUACGAGCAAUACUCGAGCAUCCCGUUCAUUAUUCGCAACGCUAUUGGCAAGUGGAAGGCGUCAACGGAGUGGACGGUGGAGAAAUUGGUUGAGAGAAUUCCAAGCGACGUGAAGCACCGCAUUACACACAACCUGGACGUCAUGUCAAGCAGUCCGACGAUGGAAAUGAGUUUUGCCGACUUCUUCAACUACGCAAACAACCAGCAUGAUGAGACACCGUUGUACAUUUUUGAUGCUCGUUUUGGCGAAAAGGUGCCUGCUAUGCUGGAAGAUUACAACGUUCAGGACUUGAAGGUGUUCAAGGAAGACUUUCUGAGCGUUGUGGCUGAAAGAAAGGAGGAGCCAGCUAAGGCGGUGAAACUGGAAGCUGGAGGUAAAAAGGUGAGGAAGGACAAGAAGAAGAAACGCGCUCCAGGGUCUACAAGACCAGAUUUCCGUUGGAUCGUCAUUGGACCUCAACGUACCGGAGCUCCGUGGCAUCAGGAUCCAGCUAGAACUUCUGCCUGGAAUUCUCUAGUAAAGGGACGGAAGAGAUGGGCGAUUUAUCCUCCAGAUUCACCACCACCAGGUGUCAACGUCGGCAAGAACGGCGAGUAUCAGAGCAGUGGCUUGGACAUGCCUUCUCUCAUGUGGUAUCUGCACGUGUACCCCACACUCACUCCGGAUCAGAAGCCGCUUGAGAUCAUUCAAGAAGAGGGAGAAACGAUCUACGUCCCCAAUGGCUGGUGGCAUCUCGUUCUGAACUUGGAUCUCACGAUCGCAGUGACGCAGAACUUCGUGGAUUCCCACAACGUGCUCAUGUUUAUGAAGGACUUGCUUAACGACGGACAAGACGAAGCUCUGGCGAUGUUCCAACAUGAAUUGAAAGCCACUCGCCCGGAAACAUUUGACAUGUUCCGUCUGGUUCAGAUCCCACGAGUGAAUGGAUACUUAAGCGAGGAAAUGUUCCACCAAACAUUCCGCGUUUUGGAGUACUGGAAGCCUCAAUUGAAGAAAAUUCUCGAGCGCCACAAGCUACUGACUCUGCCAACUAGCACAGAAAACAGCGUUGCUGCUAAGUUCACCGCGAAAGUCAAGUAUCCGAAGAUGAAGAGCCUGACGUCGCGUGUGAACCCGACAUUUGCAGUGGGGAAGCGCUUGAUUGUGAAGUUCUUCAGCCAGUACAAUGAGAACUGGGGUGAGUUUGAUUUCGAGGCGUACAUGGCUCCAAAAUACGACUCGGUCGACAGUGAGCUAGCGUGUCCUUUAAAGCGUCGUAAGAAGAGCGUCUUGCUACCGCAUGAGCUGAAAAAUGCCAUGUCUUUACGCUAUGCAAUGGAGGAUUGCUUCCGUACCGAAAGGGCUGUGUACCAGAUGAUCGAGAAGACAGCAGACUCACUCAACACGAUGGUUCCUCGCUUGUAUCACUCCGGGCAUUUGUUGUAUGUGGAUGAAGUGGAUGAUGACGAGGGAGAAGGACCGAUGUGGCGAUGGCCAUACGUUGUCAUUGAAUACAAGAGCAACGGUGUUGGUCUCGACUCGAUGACUAGGAAAGGAGGAAUUACGCUCAAGAGCUGGAAAAGUAUAGCUCAAUGGAUCAGUCAAGAUUUCUUGCCGAAGUUGCACGCUGUUCCUAUUGACCCAGAGUUUCAAGGAGUGUUCGGUCACAGCAAGGCGGACUGGGAUUGGUAUAUUCACUACCUGCUUCGCCAGCGAAAGCGUGCCGUGUCAUUCCACUUGAUCGAGAGUGAUCUUCCUGCUCAUCUGAUGAAGGGGCUAGAGAGUUUCCUGCCCGCUGCAACUCGAGACGCUAUCGUGUCGGAGUUGCUACCCGUGAAGCCAUUUGAGGUGAAGCCCGUGCUGCUUCAUGGAGACUUGACAGACGAAAAUAUUCUCGGAUCUGCAGUGGAAUCAGGCGACGUGGUGAUGCCAAGCGUAGAGAAUGACUUAAAUCUGCCGUCUUUCCUGAAGUCUAUCGGGUGUGAAAAGUACAUCCAGCUGCUUGUGGAGCAAGAAGAGCUGACAUUGGAGUCACUGACUCUUCUGAAUGAAGCUCAUCUGAAGGAUCUGGGUAUACCUCUGGGACCUCGUCUCGCAAUUUUGAAGGGAAGACAGCCGACUGUCACUCAUGCUCGUAUCAUCGAUAGCGAAGAUGGAAGUGAUAGCCGCUUCGAUACCGAGGAGGAAUGGGAGACCAGUAGCAGUGGUAGCAGCAGUUCUGAAGAGGAAGAGUGUGACUUCACAACCCCUACGGGGCUGGCAGCAAUCGAAGCGAAGCGCAAGGAACGAUUUGUUGGUCCACAAGAAUGGCAUCCGACUUCGGUGAUCGACUUUGCAGACGCCAAAACGGGUGAUCCUUUGUAUGAUCUCGUCGCUGUAUUUUUUUCUGCUCUGCACUGUGAUCGCGAGCUGUGGAAGGAGUCGCUGGCAUCAGCGUAUUGGCAAGAGUACAUUCGCCAUGACAAGGCGAACAGCGCACCGCAGCGUCGUUGUCUGCGGGAGCGCUUCCUACAGCUAGUGCUGCUACAUCCUAGCCGCUCGGUCAAGGGUCUGUUCCACUUCUUCCCACAAGCAACGAACUUUGCAAACUGGGAGGAUCUUGCUCGUGGCAUUUUCAACGACGUGUUUUAAGGUUGCUACGCUAACGACAUGGUGGGCAUGCCGUAACUAGACUAACAAAUACAGUUUGGUUAGUGUUCGUUUAGAUAAUUGCUUUGUCGGUUGGUGGCGAUUAUGUAGCAGCAUUGAUUCGAGGAAGACUCGUAGCUAUGAUAGAUAAGCUAGUGUCUCUGAUACACAUACAGCACCGCUCUGCAGUCGAAGGCUCAAUGUGGUAGCACAACAACAGACGGACAGGCUAAUGAUAAAGUGCUACAUGUAUAACGGGGAGUGAAGCUGGGGGUAGUUCGCCUUCUAAGGAUCUAAUACGUGGGCUGCACCUGCUUCACGUCCUCGAGUAGCUCGUCGUAGGCUUCCUUCGCGUUGAAGCCAGCCUUGUUGGGAGUGAUCAAUAUGCAGCUCGUGGGUCGCUUCGACAACGCUGACGCACCAAGGUCCACCUGUAUAAUAGCAAUGAAUAUUAGCACUAAAUCACUGCUAGUGCGGGUG